AUGGCAGAUAUACAUGUUGUUGCCAUAAUCGAUGACUUGAGUUCUGAAUAUUUAAGAAUUCCAAGACCAAGUAUCUGGCUACCACGUACAUGGUCUCUUAAAAAAAAUGUUCGAUCAAAUCAAAUCAUUACUAUUUCUACCUCUCCAAAACUCAACUCAUCAAAAUCCUUUGCACUGGUAAAAUUAUAUUCAAAAUGCUCGGAAUUAUUUCGCAAAAGUCCUAUCUUUCCCGAGAAAUUGGAAUUUUCUUUGCUCGAAUUACAACCACAAUCGCAAGGCGUUGAUGAUGAAAGAAAUUUGGGGAAUGGAAAUUUUGAUACUCAAGCAGUUAUUUCGAAAUCGUUAGCUUGUAACUUGGGCAUUUGCGAAAUUACAGGAGAUUUAGAGAACUUGAAAUAUCCAAUUAAAUUCAAACUUGGUGAAAUGAUAAAUAACGUGCCAAUUGCAGAUCGAGUCAUAAUGUACGUUCCAUCGAAUAUAUCGCUGAAUUUUAAUUGUAGUUUUCGUGAAAGUAUCUUCAAGAGAGCUCAUUUGGGUGCAUUAGUAUCAUCAAACAAUUGGAUAUGUCAUCUUGGAUGUAACGGAAUGCAGUUUUUUAAAAUUAUUCAAAUUUUCCCGAAUAACGACAAUCUUUCAAAGACAUCAUCAAUGUCGAUUUGUAAAAUUUCGGACUCAUCAAGGAUUGAGGUGAUUGACGAAAAUUCAGAAGAAUUGAUUAAAUAUCAAGGAGCUGAUGUGCCAGGAAAGAAAUUUCAAUUCCAAACGAAAUCAGAAUGGAUGAAGAAGGUCAUUAGGCAAAUUGGUGGGCUGGACGAGAUCGUCGAUGAGAUUAUUGAACAAAUUCAUUGUUUUGUGGUCACAUCUCAACAAAAGAAGUUUAUAAAAAGAAGCAAAGGCAUUAUAUUAACGGGAAAACCUGGGACCGGAAAAACUGCGCUUGCCCUGUGUAUUGCUGAAACCUCGGGACUUCCUUAUGUGAUUAUUAACUGUCCGGAUAUUUUCAAGACAGAUGAAGGGGCAGCGGAAAAAGAAAUUAAAUUCAUAUUUGAAUCAAUGCAAAGAUUUCGAGUUUCGUUAAUAAUAUUAGACGAAAUUGACGUGAUAGUUGAUGUUUCGGCUAAUUUACGUGCAGGAGUUGAGGCAAAUUUAUACUCAACGAUUAUUAAGUUGAUUGAUUUAAUAAAUGAAAAUACAAGGGAAGAGAAAAUCAUAGGACAAGUUUUUGUUAUUGGAUUAACCAAUCGUCUUCACGCUGUUAACAACACUCUCCGUCGUCCGGGAAGGCUCGAUCGCACAUAUGAACUCCUUAUUAAAAAGCCCGAGCAAAGGCAAAAGAUUUUGGAAAUUAUGACAAAAAAAAUGCGAUUUGAGGAAAGGCAGAGAGACCUAAUCUUAGAUGAAAUUAGUAAAAUAACGCAUGGAUUUGUUGCUACUGAUUUACAACAUCUUUGUAAUAAAGUUGCAAUUCAACUUAUCCGAGAAGUCGGUACCUCACAAGUUGUUACUUUGGAAAAUUUUUUGGAAGCCCUGAAAGACGUAAAACCAUCUGAUCUUAACAAAUUUCGAACUAAGACACCAGAUGUUAGGUUUUCUGACAUUUUUGGUAUUGAUGAUAUUAUUGAGGACCUAAGAUUAACCAUAGUUGAGCCGUUUAAUAUGCCUCAAGAGUUUAUCGACUUUGGGAUUUUGCCGCCACGUGGAAUUCUCAUAUAUGGUCCCCCUGGCGUUGGAAAGACAAUGCUAUGUCGUGCUAUUGCUGCGGAGAUUGGUAUAAAUUUCAUAUUAGUGGAGAGUUCACAAAUAAUUUCCAAGAUUGUUGGUGAAUCAGAGAAAAACAUUGCAAACGUGUUUGCCCAAGCAAAAGCCAAUUCUCCUUGCGUUUUGUUUAUCGACCAGGUUGUACGAGGAACUAGUACAACAUCGGAAAACUCAUCGGAUCGGCUAAUAACAAGUCUUUUGACCGAGAUGGACGGUUUUUUUACCUCGAGACGUGGCGAAAGGCCAGAAGUUGAUGUCUUGGUGGUUUCGGCAACGAACAAUCCCGAAAUACUAGAUUCUGCGUUACUGAGACCCGGUAGGUUAGAUCAGCACGUCUACAUUCCGCCACCAGGUGACAAGCAGAGGGAUGCCAUUUUAAGAGGUAUAUUUCAAAAAAUGCCAAUAACCAUGUCGGAUGAACAGUUUUCGUCCUUGAUUAACGAUACUAAGGGAUUCUCUGGAGCGGAUUUGGAUAAUCUAUGCAGAGAGGCUGCACUGAUAAGCAUAAGAGAAAACACAGAUAAUGAAAUGGUUACUCAUAAUCACUUUAUCAAAGCAAAAUCUGUUUGUGCAGCUUCCUUACUAGCUGCAGCUCGGACCGAUUGA